AUGCCUGCCGGAAUCACCGAGCUCCAUGGCGUCAAGCGGGCCGACAUUCACAAGCAGGUGAAGCAGCUCAUCCACGACAUGGUCAACAUCAAAGACACCACAGGUGAAUUUCUCAUGACGCUCGAAAACGGCCGCGUCAUCGACACAAAGGGCUGGGGCGACUGGGAAUGGACCCACGGCAUCGGUCUGUACGGUAUCUGGAAGUACUACGAGCUCAACGGCGACGCGGCCGACCUCAAAAUCAUUGAAGACUGGUUCCGCGACCGCUUCGAGGAGGGCCACAAGGGCAAAAACAUCAACACCAUGGCCGUCUUCCUCACCCUCGCCUACGUCUACGAAAAGACCAAAAACGAAACCUACCUCCCCUGGCUCGACUCCUGGGCCGAGUGGGCCUACCACGACCUCCCCCGCACAAAGUACGGCGGCAUGCAGCACAUCACCUACCUCGAGGUCAACGACCAGCAGCUCUGGGACGACACCCUCAUGAUGACCGUCCUGCCCCUCGCCAAGAUCGGCCUCGUCCUCAACCGGCCCCACUACGUCGAGGAGGCCAAGCGCCAGUUCCUCCUCCACCUGCAGUACCUCUUCGACGCGCCCACGGGUCUCUUCUUCCACGGCUGGACCUUCCACGAGGGAGGCCACAAUUUCGCCCGCGCCCGCUGGGCCCGCGGCAACAGCUGGCUCACCAUCGUGAUUCCGGAAUUCAUCGAGCUGCUCAACCUCACGGGCGACGACGCCCUCCGCUCACACCUCAUCAACACCCUCGAGGCGCAGUGCGCCGCCCUUGUGCCGCUGCAAGUUGAGAACGGCCUGUGGAGGACGCUGCUCGACGUGCCCGAGUCCGAGGGCUCCUACGUCGAGGCGAGCGCCACGGCCGGUUUCGCCUACGGUAUCCUCAAGGCGCAGCGCAAAAAGUAUAUUGGAAAGGAGUACGAGGCCGUCGCUGUCAAGGCGAUUAACGCGAUUUUGGAAAAUAUUAGCCCCGAGGGCGAGCUGCUCAACACGUCGUUCGGCACCGGUAUGGGCCACGAUUUGCAGCAUUACAAGGAUAUCCCGCGGACGAGCAUGCCGUAUGGCCAGGCCAUGGCUAUGAUGGCACUGGUGGAGUUCUUGCGCGUCUUCGUAUGA